UUGCGCUUCCGGAUUAGAGAUUUCGAAAUAUCUUUUCUCUCUCGAGGAGGAGGAGAAGAAGAAAUUUAGACAAAACCACCCUCGUGUUGGAGAAAAGAAAAUAUGGGGAGUAUUUCUACGUUUUCGUUUUUGUUUUUGUUUUUGUUUUUGGGUCGCACUGCUUGAUCGUAGGCAGCGCCGCCGCACAAUCUCCAUGACCACUGUGGCAUCGCUGUCUUUGCUGCCGCACUUGCUCAUCAAGCCAUCCUUCCGGUGUUGCUCCAGAAAGGGUGUUGGUAGAUAUGGAGGAAUCAAGGUGUAUGCAGUGCUCGGUGACGAGGGAGCUGAAUAUGCAAAGAACAACACUUGGGAGGCCUUGUUCCAUGUCGAUGACCCCGGCCCAAGGGUUCCCAUUGCAAAAGGCAAGUUCUUGGAUGUCAACCAAGCUCUCGAAGUGGUCCGAUUCGACAUCCAGUACUGCGAUUGGAGAGCGCGGCAGGACCUCCUUACCAUCAUGGUUCUUCACAACAAGGUGGUAGAGGUUCUCAAUCCUUUAGCAAGAGAAUUCAAGUCAAUUGGAACCUUGAGGAAAGAGCUUGCAGGGCUACAGGAAGAAUUGGAAAAAGCUCACAAUCAGGUUCAUUUAUCGGAAGCUAGAGUAUCGACUGCGCUUGAUAAGUUAGCACAAAUGGAGACCCUAGUCAACGACAGAUUGUUGCAAGAUGGAAGCUCUAGUGCAUCUACAGCCGAGUGCACUUCCCUUGCUCCAAGCACGUCAUCAGCGGGCCGUGUUGUGAGCAAGAAACCUCCACGCCGGAGUCUGAACGUGUCUGGUCCAGUGCAGCCAUACAAUCCCAGUCUGAAAAACUUCUGGUACCCAGUUGCCUUCUCCAGUGACCUGAAAGAUGAUACAAUGGUACCAAUAGAUUGUUUUGAGGAGCAGUGGGUAAUUUUCAGAGGAAAAGAUGGGAGACCUGGAUGUGUUCAGAACACAUGUGCUCACAGAGCUUGCCCUCUUCAUCUUGGCUCAGUUAGUGAGGGUAGAAUUCAAUGCCCUUACCAUGGGUGGGAGUAUUCGACUGAUGGAAAAUGUGAGAAAAUGCCAUCCACAAAGAUGCUCGACGUGCGCAUCCGGUCAUUGCCAUGCUUUGAGCAAGAAGGAAUGGUUUGGAUCUGGCCUGGUAAUGACCCACCGAAGUCGACCAUCCCUUCUCUGCUGCCCCCUUCAGGAUUUACAAUUCAUGCAGAGAUAGUGAUGGAAUUACCGGUGGAGCAUGGACUUCUUCUGGACAAUCUAUUAGAUCUUGCGCAUGCUCCGUUUACUCAUACGUCCACCUUUGCCAAGGGUUGGAGUGUUCCAAGCUUGGUGAAGUUCUUGACACCUUCAUCAGGGCUCCAAGGGUACUGGGAUCCUUACCCCAUCGACAUGGAGUUUCGACCGCCAUGCAUGGUGCUGUCAACCAUCGGCAUCUCCAAGCCUGGAAAACUAGAGGGGAAGAGCACCAAGCAAUGCUCGACACAUCUCCACCAACUCCACAUCUGCCUGCCCUCCUCUAGGAAUAAAACCAGGCUGCUGUACCGGAUGUCCCUCGACUUUGCUCCCUGGCUCAAGCAUGUCCCUUUCAUGCAUAUAUUGUGGUCACAUUUUGCUGACAAGGUCUUGAAUGAGGAUCUGCGGCUUGUGCUUGGGCAGCAAGAACGGAUGAUCAACGGUGCCAAUGUCUGGAACUGGCCGGUGUCGUACGACAAGCUGGGUAUCAGGUACCGGUUGUGGAGAGACGCCAUCGAGAGAGGAGCAGACAGGUUGCCAUUCAGUAAUAACCAAAGUGAGAGUGGAUCAUAGUAGCUGCAAUGCUGCAUUGCCAGUAGCUUCCCUUUUCAAUUCUUGGUCGCAUUUCUUGGCGAGAUGAAGAUGAUGAGGAUGGCCAGAACUAACUAUAGUCAGUGGGAUGUAUAUGCACAGUUUGUUUAGGCGUGCAUCCCUGCUUGAGCGGUUCACCAUCUGCCUGAGAUUCAUUGCAGAUUGAAUUGGGUUCUGGAGGAAAGGCUAAUGGAAUGGAAAGAAUGAUAGGCGACAUUCUGUGUAAUUUUAAGAGAAUGAUAAGCGACAUUCUGUGUAAUUUUAAGUGUACACUAGCGACAGCAUCACGGGAUGCAAAUGUAAUCUGAGGUUGAUUUGUUUUUCUUCCUCUUUUUUUCCCCCUCCCCUUUUCACCGAUGUAAAAAAUUGAUCGCAUGUUACACUAUCAAGCAUAUAUGAUCAUACUAUUUGAGUA